AGGCCUACCUCCUUCAUUACCAUGCAAUCUCCCCUCUCUCUCUAAAAAAAAAAAAUCUUUUUUCUCUCUCUAAAUCUAUUUAGUUCUUUAUUAACCUGUAUUUAUUUUCUAAUUAUAUUGACUAAAAAUAUAAACAAGAUUAGUUUUUGUUUUUUUGGGCUUGGCUCGGGCGAGUUAUGACUCGGCGAUGCUCGCAUUGCAGCAACAACGGCCACAACUCGCGCACGUGUCCCAAACGCGGUGGUGGCGGAAACGGCGGAGUGAAGCUAUUUGGCGUUCGUCUGACGGACGGGUCAAUAAUCAAGAAGAGUGCGAGUAUGGGAAAUCUGUCGUCGGCGCACUACCAUAGCUCGUCAUCAGCCGCUGCUUCCCCUAAUCAGGGCUCUCCUUUAUCGGAUCACGUCCGUGACCCCAGCCACGUGCUCGAGGGCUACCUCUCUGAUGACCCUGCCGCGCAUGGCUUAACUAACCAUCGCGGAGAGAGAAAGAAAGGUGUCCCAUGGACUGAGGAGGAACAUCGACUCUUUCUAAUUGGCCUCCAGAAAUUAGGGAAAGGGGAUUGGCGGGGGAUAGCCCGCAACUUUGUUAUGUCAAGGACACCUACACAGGUGGCAAGUCAUGCCCAGAAGUAUUUUAUCCGUCACAGUAAUGUUACCCGAAGAAAGAGACGUUCAAGCCUUUUCGACAUGGUUCCAGAUGAUAUGGAUACAGAUGCACCACCAGUGCCUGAAGACCAAGUUUUGCUGCCGUCUUCACAUGUUGAAGAAGCAGAUAAUUCAAAUACAAUACCUUCUUUAAAUCUCUCUCUCAACUCUGAAUUUGAGCAUGGAGAAGAUGCAGCACGAGAAACAUUUAAAGAAACUGAAGAAACAAUGAUGGGAUCAAGUGGAUUCAAACCAAUGGUCCAUGGUUUCUUCCCACCUUAUGUACCUGUUCCUUUCCCAUUUUGGCCACCAAAUCCAGCCCCUCCUGGGGAAGAGAAGGGCAUAGAGGCAUCUCAACAUCAGGUACUGAAGCCAGUUCCAUUGCUUCCCAAGGAACCUGUCAAUGUAGAUGAACUAGUUGGUAUGUCUCAGCUUAGUAUAGGAGAGACUGAAAGUGGCCUUAGAGAGCCUUCGCCACUGUCCUUAAAACUGCUAGGAGAACCAUCGCGACAAUCAGCAUUUCAUGCAAACGCGCCAGUUGGUGGCAGAGAUUUGAGCAAGGGCAAGACUGGUGCCAUUCAAGCAGUCUGAACUGCAGGGAAGGAGUGAUAGUCCGAGCAGAUGAGCUAGAAAGGAUCACUAGUAGCGAAGGUGGAAUUUUUAACUAGGGCUGUUUAAGGGUGGAGGGAGUUCUUUCCAUGUCAAGAGCAAUAGGUUUUUCUCGCUUCUACACCACCCAAUUCUGUCUUGAUUUCCACUGCAUGAGCAAGUGAAUUGCUAUACAACUUUAAUUCAUGUUAGUAAUUUGUUUUUCAGCCAAAACAAAGAUUGUUCAUUUUGUGUUUUGAAUUCAUUCAAAUAUUAUAGCUACUCAGGCUUUGUUUUCAUUCAAAGAACAAAACCUGGAGGCACAUAGUUGAACCGAUCUGCAAGUAUGCCAGGAGCAGUAUAGCAAAUCCUACGUUGCUAUUACUCUUCAUUUUUCCUGUACAAUCUGUGUCAAGUUUGUAUCCAACACCUCAAGUGGGCAUGUACGUGAGGCAUGAUACUCCAAAUAUAAGGAAAAUCUUACGGAAAUUUGAACAUACCUGUCUCAUUCACACCAAGUCCAGGCACCAUGGAGCAAUUCAUUAGAUUUUAAAACAUUGUAUAUGUUUAUCUUACCAUAGACACUACUUUCUUGGGUUUCAUUUCAGAUUUAGAAUACACUAUGUUGGUGAUUUUUAGGACUUCUAUCUAUUGGUUGACUCUUAUCCUGUAAAAAUGAUGCCCAUUCUAGAGUCA